AUGGCAACAGGAAACUAUUGCAUGUUUCCUGAGUUCAUUCUGACUGGGCUCUCAAAGAAGCCACAAAUCCAGAUGCCUCUCUUCCUCAUCUUCCUAGGAAUCUAUGUGGUCACUGUAGUGGGGAAUUUGGGCAUGAUUACACUGAUUAGGCUCAGUUCUCACCUGCAUACCCCCAUGUACUAUUUCCUCAGUAGUUUGUCCUUCAUUGAUCUCUGCCAUUCCACAGUCAUAACCCCCAAAAUGUUGGUGAACUUUGUGAUAGAGAAGAACAUCAUUUCCUACACUGGAUGCAUGACUCAACUCUAUUUCUUUCUAAUUUUUGCUAUUGCAGAGUGCCAUAUGUUAGCUGCCAUGGCAUAUGAUCGCUAUGUUGCCAUCUGUAACCCCUUGCUUUACAAUGUAACCAUGUCCUAUCAGAUUUACACUUCCCUGAUCUCUGGAGUCUAUAUUAUUGGUGUGGUUUGUGCAUCAGCUCACACAGGCUUCAUGAUCAGAAUACAGUUUUGUAACUUAGAGGUGAUCAACCACUAUUUCUGUGAUCUUCUUCCCCUGCUAGAGCUUGCUCACUCUAGUACUUAUGUUAAUGAAUUGUUAAUUUUAUGUUUUGGUACAUUUAACAUUGUUGUUCCAACCAUGACUAUUCUUACUUCUUAUAUCUUCAUCAUUGCCAACAUCCUACGCAUUCGUUCUACUGGAGGCAGGUCCAAAGCCUUCAGUACCUGCAGCUCCCACAUCUUGGCUGUUGCUGUGUUCUUUGGGUCUGCUGCAUUCAUGUACCUUCAACCAUCAUCAGUCAGCUCCAUGGACCAAGGGAAAGUGUCCUCUGUGUUUUAUACCAUUGUUGUGCCCAUGCUGAACCCGUUGAUCUACAGUCUGAGGAAUAAGGAUGUCAGUGUUGCCCUGAAGAAAAUACUAGAAAGAAAAUCAUUCAUGUAA